AUGGCUCCCUCCGCGACGAGCAAUGGAAAAGCUGUGGCGGUCAAGGCUGAUGUUAGCAAGAACCGUGCCGUUAUUCUCUCAAAGAUCAACGAUGUCUCUGUCCAGGACUGGCCUCUGAAGCUGGAUUCCUAUCGAGAUAGUCCGCCAUACGAACCAGGCUCCCCUCUUCCGAGUGGCAAAGCCCUAGUCCGCGUGCGCGCCGGAGGCAUCUGUGGCUCAGACAUACAUUUCUGGAAAGAGGGCCGCGCAGGCCCUGAUAUCAUCAAGGAGCCGUUCAUUAUCGGCCAUGAGGCUGCUGGUGAAGUGAUUCAGGUCGCUGAUGAUGUUCAGUCGUGGGUUCCCGGCGACCGUGCCGCCAUCAAGCCUGCUCUUCCCUGCCUGGCUUGCGACGACUGCACGACGGGCUAUUCCAACCUUUGUAGUUCAAUCGAGUACUACGGUGUUCCGGCACCCGGCGGCCGGCAGGAUGGAUUGCUCACCACCUACAAGAUUGUCCCGGUCACUGCGCUGGCUCGCCUGACGCCCAGAAUCUCGUGGGUCGAAGCUGGUGCAAUACAACCUCUUGCCAUCGCUCUCCAGAUGACCAGGCAAGCGGGACUGAAGGCACACCAGACCGUCUUGAUCCUUGGCGGUGGAUGUAUCGGGUUGCUGCUAGGAGCAGUUGCUAAAGCAUAUGCUGCAAGGAAAGUAGUUGUCUUUGAGGUGCAACCCCACCGAGCCGAAUUCGCAAAGACGUAUUGCGCUGACCAAGCAUUUGUCAACCCGCCACGCCACCUGAAUGAGACGACAGAGGAAUACUCCAACAGGGUCGCCAAACAUAUUUUAAGCUCUGUCGACGGGCUCUACCGUGGUUUCGAUGUUGUGGUGGAAGCCGCGGGCGCGGAAGAGUGCAUGCAGAUCGGACUCCAUGUCUGCAAGCCUGGAGGCACCUACGUCCAAGUCGGACUUCUUAACAGCCCAAUGCCUCGGAUCCCCAUAAUGGACAUUUGCUCUAAACAGCUCAAUGUGCGAGGGACCUGGAGAUAUACUACGAAUUGCUUCGAGGAUGCCAUAUCGCUGAUUGAUAGAGGCCUCGUCGACAUGAAAUCUCUGAUCAGCCACGUUUUCCCUUUUGAACAGAGUCUGGAAGCGUUUGAGACCGUCCAUGAGGUUAAGGCGAAAGACGGUAGGAACGUCUUUAAAGUGGUUAUCUCCGACGAGAAACUGUAG